AUGUUCCUUCGUGCAAUCUUCACAAUCCUACUGGCAUCAUGUCAUGUACAUGCCAAAGAUGUUUUCGCCCACUUUUUGGUUGGGAAUGUUGCAUCAUGGACCACAACAAACUGGGUAGCAGAUAUCCAGCUUGCCCAAGCAGCUCAUAUUGAUGCUUUUGCGCUCAAUGUAGGAUACGGAGAUAGCUCGAUUCCCAAUUCUUUGGCAAAUGCUUUCCUUGCUGCACAAACUACGGGAUUCAAGUUGUUUAUCUCAUUCGAUUAUACAGGUGGCACUGCUCGUUGGCCAGAAGCCAACGUCAUUAGCCUUCUUAAUACUUAUAAAUCAAGCUCUGCUUAUUACAAAUAUCUCGGAAAGCCAUUUGUAUCAACUUUCGAAGGGGUUGAUAAUACUGCCGAUUGGACUACAAUCAAAGCACAAACUGGCUGCUUUCUAGUGCCAAACUGGUCUUCAUUGGGAGCACAAGCAGCAGUUGCCCGUGGAACUGCAGAUGGAUUGUUCAGUUGGAAUGCAUGGCCUUGGGGUAACGAGGAUAUGAAUGCAUAUACCGAUGCUUCUUACUUUGUGUCCUUGAACCAAACAGGUGUCCCUAUGCCAUACAUGAUGCCUGUUUCACCUUGGUUCUAUACAAACUUGCCAAAUUACGACAAGAAUUGGCUGUGGCGCGGGGAUGAUUUAUGGUUCGACCGUUGGCAAGAAAUUUUGUCCAUUGACCCUCAACCAGAAUGGGUACAAAUCAUCACAUGGAAUGAUUAUGGAGAGUCUCAUUACAUCGGACCUCUUCACGAAGAAGAAUAUGCUUCUGUCUUUGACUCGAUACAUGGCGAUGGUCCUUACAAUUACGCCGAUGGUAUGACUCAUGACGCAUGGAGACAAACUCUGCCCUUUGUGAUUGAUACAUACAAACACGGUAUUGCUACCGUUAAGCAAGAAGUCGUCACAGCUUGGUAUCGACUUACUUCAAAAGACAACAGCGCAUGUAGUGAUGGCGACACGACAGGGAAUACUGCAAAUCAGCUUCAGAUUGAAUUUUACCCAACAGAUGUUGUCCAAGAUAAGAUAUUCUACUCUGCGGUGCUUGCUGAAGCGGGAACUGUAACUGUUACAGUUGGCGGUGUUGAUUUAGGCGCCACUUGGACAGACACCCCCUCCGAUGCCGUCGGAAUAUACCACGGAAGUGUAGCCUACGGUUCUCACACCGGAAAUGUAAUUGUCACAGUGCACACUCCAUCUAGCGGCUCGAUAAUCUUCCAAGGAAAUCCCAUCGCUAACGACUGUUCCACUUGGAAUGGCUACACAAAUUACAACGCAUACACAGGCUUCCAAACCGGUAGUGCUGUAACCGCCACACCUGCACUCAACAUAUCAGAACAAGUCUGUAUUGCAGGAUUUGGAGUGAAUAAUUUUGCAGGCCUUUGUUCUUUUGCUUGCGGAUUGGGUUAUUGUCCGUAUACUGCAUGCACAUGCACAAAUUAUGGACCGCAACCGACUCGUCCAACUGCGGCGAAUACACCAGGAUAUGGUACGAUUGGAUAUCCUGCUCAAGGGUUAACUUCUGAAUAUCAAGGACUUUGCUCCUUCAAUUGCUUCUUUGGGUAUUGUCCACCCGGCGCGUGCGGCACCACAAACUACGGCGUAGUUCCCGAAACCGUCUCUCCCUUUAUCCCUCCCGCCUGCGUUGGUGGAACCGGCGCCGAUAACUUAGGCGGCUUAUGCGGAUAUGCAUGUCCCUACGGAUACUGUCCAAUCCGCAGCUGCACAUGCACAACUCAAGGUGUGCUAAAUCCACCCCUACCUGUUAUUGACAGAGCUGGGACUGCGGCCCCGGGCUUGGAUGAUGAGUUGUAUGAUGGUCUGUGUAACUUCGCUUGUAGUAGGGGGUAUUGUCCAGGUGGGGCUUGCGAGUAUGUUACGGCGAGUAAUGGGUUGUUUAAGAAUGCGACGGCGGUUGUGAAUGGAGGGUUUAGGAAUGCGACAGUGGUUUCUAAUGGUACGGUUGUGAGUGGUGGGAGAUAA